AGUGUGUAUCUAUAUUCCGCGUUCAAAUGAAGUUGUAGAAAUGAGUAUUGUUGGCCUAUCAGCCGAUCGCAGCGCGAGCCAUCGCAGCCUUCAGGUCAUAUCCGAAGUUAAGUGCGUAGUACGCGAGCUGGUGGAGAAUGCAAUCGACGCCGGAGCCACUGAUAUCGUGAUUAAACUUGUUGACCAGGGGCUUACAUCCAUCUCGGUCUCAGAUAACGCAAGUGGUAUAGAAGCAUUUAACUUCGAACAGCUAGCAAAACGGAGCUCAACGUCAAAGAUCAAGCAGUUCGAGGAUAUUUUCACCUCACUCAGCAGCCAUGGUUUCAGGGGCGAAGCUCUAAACUCAAUUGCUAAUGUCAGUACCCUUGAAGUGGAGACACGAGUUGCUAAGGAAGAAGUUGGAUGGUACCUUAAAUUUGAUAGAGAUGGGUCACUGAUAGAGAAAACGCCAAUAGCUAAAAAGGUCGGAACCGUAGUGACAUCCUCGAAGCUGUUUGAACCAUACCCGGUGCGCCGUAACCUGCUGAUCAAGGGUGCUAAGUCGCAAGCUACAGGGGCAGUAGGAAUUGUACAACAAUAUGCACUGAUUUACCCAGAAAUACGGUUCUUACUAACUAACAUGUCGUCCACUAACCACCAGAUAAGCAGUCUAUUCUCUAGUACGGGUACUUCCAAGAGCAUACGUGAGGUGUCUGGCGAGAUUUUCGGGAGCAAUUUUAUAAAGAACGUACUGGAUAUCAAGCUUACACGUGAUACCUGGAGCGUAGAAGGUAUUAUUAGCACGCCACAAACAGGAAGGCAGAAUAACGAUAUACAGAUCCUAUUUAUCAACAGGAGGCCAGUAGACGGUAUGAAGAAGCUUAAACGGUGCAUAAAGGAUGUACACAAGCAGUUCUCCAGCAAAUAUAACGUAGCAUACGUCCUGAAUAUAAAUAUAGAUUCCAAGCAUGUAGACGUGAAUUUAGCCCCGGAUAAACGACGGUUGUUCCUUAUGCAGGAGGAUACUAUAACACGCCAGCUCAAGGAAGGUAUACUUGAGCUUUACAUGAUGCGCAUGGCCAAGGAUUCUAUAACCAAUGACCCAUUAAGGAUGAAGCAGUUGCAAUUUAGUCGGUCUUCCACUGCAUCCAGUCCCGAUAUGCAGUCCUCAAGGACCGAGAGUACUGAUUCAUUUGUGUUUUGUCCAGGCAAUGAAGUGAAUGGUGACCAUAGGGAUCCUGGACCACGAGGGAAUGCAAAGUGCAAGCAGAGGUCACUGCAAUCGUUCAUGGUUACAUCAACUAGGGACAACAGUGUAUUGAAAAAUAGUAACACUAUAGACCAAUGGUUUGCAGACGACCACAAGGUAAAAGCGGUAGUUAAUAGGAUGCCCAGUUCAAGCCGUGCUGAAACAGCGGAUAGCAGUAGUGUGUCAACACUAAGCAUACACGAAGAAGUGUUGGACGCAUAUGCCAUGUCCAUGGUAUGCACGCAACAAUCGUUGACUACAGUAUAUAACUCAAGUAACGAUAUGAACAUCGCAAAGGAUAGUACGGAUAGUGGUGGGAUAGAUAUUACUGAAUUGACCUACAACACCGAUCGCAUUGUAAAACAGGAGCCGCUGGCCCAUACACCACGCGAUGUGGAUACACCUGAUCCGCAGUUCAAUGGCGACUCGAACUCUUCCACCACCCUGGAGUACAACUCCACUCCAGAAGAGGAUGGAGUGCCCAUUAAACUGGAUCCACACCUCAGUGUUGUAAAACAGGAAGUUGUGGCCCGAGAUAGCCUAACAGAUGCCCAGGAAAUUGCAAGUACACAAUCAAACGUAGAUAGACCUAGCCCAAGGACGGAAGAUGCAGUCAAUAGUGACACUGCACAAACAAAUGAGGUACUCAACCUAAAGCUACAAAGAGUAUAUGAUGACAAUUUCCGGAAGUCUGAAGUAUAUCGCAUGUUCGGUUCAUCUAGUGAACCGGGAUUCCAUCCAAUAGAUACCGAAACCAUAGACCCAAAGAUAUUCCUAAGGAUGCAAGUAUGCGGACAGUUUAAUAACGGGUUCAUAAUAGCAAAGCUCGAGAGUAAAUAUAGCGAGAGUAACAAAGUUAAGUAUGCGGUGUAUCUAAUAGAUCCACAUGCUGCCGACGAGAAGACCAAAUUUGAAAAAUACAACUCAAGUGUGAAAAUACAACGGCAACCCCUAGUGUGUGAAAGAAAAGUAGAUUUAUCGCCAUUUCAUCAACAGGUAGUACAGGCCAACCUGGAUCUGCUAUAUGAAAAUGGAUUUGCCGCCACAGUAGUGCGCCAAGUUGUUAACGAUGAAGGUGGUUAUAAUCGAGAACCUGGUAUAUACCUAAGCUCAUUCCCACAGGUUUUAGGACAAAUACUAGGUGAAGAGGAUUUUGUGUCAUUUGUACAUGACUUGGCACAAAGUGGAAGUUCGUCACAGCCGGAUCCAACAAAUACUAGCGCCUCCCAGGUGCUUUGGGGAGCUAAUACGAUACUACCAAGACCAAAACGAAUAUGGAACAUAUUGGCAAACAGAGCUUGUAAGGACGCUGUCAAGCUAGGAGAUCCACUGACAAUGAAGCAGAUGAUAGUAAUCAAGGAUAGACUUGCAGGACUCGUGCAUCCGUGGAAUUGCCCUCAUGGAAGGCCUACAAUGAAGUGCUUGAUUACCACCGAGCAAAUUAACAGCAUUAUCACCCAGUAAUCAGCAGCCAGGCCUUUGGUAAUAUUACCGAAGCACUUAUAUCUCACGU